UGGAGUGCGCACACACACACACACACACACAGAGUGGUGGAGUUAAAGCCUGAACACCAUCGCUGCUCAUCAUCACAGUGCUGCUGCUGCCGUGUGUGUGUGUGUGAGUGAGUGAGUGUGUGUGUGCAGGUCUCUGAUCUGCGUCCUCUCACAGGGACUUUAGUCAACCCCACAUCCACUGAGGCUUCUGUGCCGAGAAAAUCUUCAUCCUGCACUUCCCCGACUCAGAGCUCCGGAGGACUGACACCACAAACACAGCUCAUGGCGGUGAUGGUGAACGUGUGCUGGAUGUUGGCACUGAGUGCGUGCUUGGUGCUGAAGGUGCAAGCGGAGUGCACUAGGGAGUGCGCACUCUGUCUGUACGGCUCAUUAGCGGCGCAGCAAGCAGACAGCAGCACCGGGCCCUGCACGCUCGAGUGUGGAAGCAGCGUGGACCUGAGGAAGCUGGGCCUCUGUCGGAACGCUCUGACCGAAGACGAGCGUGCCACCGUGGAUCAGAAACCAGAGUCUGACAGCACCGAGCACCUUCUGGCCAAGAAAUACGGCGGCUUCAUGAAACGCUACGGUGGCUUCAUGAUGAAGAAGACCUCAGAAGACCUCGCGAAGGACGAAGCCGAUGGAGAUUCCGAGGAGGAGCUGGACAUCCUGAGGGAGAUCCUGAGGGUGGGCCUGGAUGCCAACGAGCCGGGCAAGGAGCUCCAGAAGCGCUACGGAGGCUUCAUGCGCAGGGUGGGCAGACCGCAGUGGCUCGACGAGCCCAAACCUUACGGCCUUCACAAACGCUGGGAGGACGAGGGAGCGGAGAACGUGUUGCCUGAGACACACAAGAGAUAUGGAGGCUUCAUGGAUUAGGAGCUGAUGCGAAGAUUCAAAACGGACACUCAUCGUUGCAAAACAAUCCCCAAUGUGUGCACAGCUAACGACUUAACGUUAAUUUAUUAUUAAUGUAUUAAUAUGUGCCAAGUCAUUUUCUUUUUGCUCUUUUGCUUUGGCUAUAGAGAUGAGUGAUUCAUGAUGAGUGAUUCUUUGAGCGACUCUUUUAAUUGAAUCAGAUUAGUGAGUCAAUUUGCAAGUGAAUCAAAAUGUUUAAUGUUCAUUUUAUUAUUUUAAUAGUGUGUAUAUUUCUACAAUUACAAUAAAAUUAUACAUUAAAUUAAAUUAAACAUUAAAUUAAAUUAAAUUAAAUUAAAUAAGAGCCUCUUAUAUGUUUUUUCUGUCUUGAUAAAUUAUGGCGUGUUAUUAGAUUCACGAAUCAAGAUUCAAGAGAUUUAACAAUUUAACUAAAUUACUUCUAUUUUUUAAUAAAUGGAAGAUAUAUAGAUCUAUUUCAGUAAAAAAAAACUAUCAUGUAGAUAACCAAUAAUAAUGAACCCAUAUUGUAGCUUGUUUAAUGGCGAACCAAAUGAAUCAGCAAUCGAUUCAUUUAAAUACGUAGUUCAAAAGAAUCAAAU